AAAGAGGGCCCGGAAAAGUGAAGGAGUAGGAAAGAAAGAAAGAAAGAAAGAAAGAAAGCAAGCUGAAUGGGGGAAGGCGGUGGAGGCGUUGAUGACUUUUUGCCAAGCGAGCCUUGGCGGGAGCCAACGUUGGGCCGGCACAAAGAUUCCCUUUGUUGAUUGGAUUCUGAACGACGUUUGGAUUGCGUUCAUAUUUUGGAAUGAUUGCGGGUUCGAGGGCCAUAUCUUUUUCUCCCUCCACGUAUUUGAAAUUCCUUGCAUCGACAGCGCCCUCUAUCGAACAGAAAUCCAAGUCAUUCUAAUCAUUCGAACGAAGGACGAUACGGUCCCAACGUUUCUGUCCAUUUUGAUAUUGAACCCUUUCAGAACGAGCGUGUCAAAUUGCAGACGGAUGACAGUGCGCCCCAAGUAUGGAUUUUUGCGCUAAUCCCGAUUGGAUUAAUAACGCAAUCUGUGCGUCGAAGCCGCUGGAUGGAGAUUAUCCUCAAAUGGGUCACCGAGUCACAUAUAGGGAGCGGCGCGCAUACGGAUUGAGACGCGUCACUUGCGUCUCUCCGCCGUCAGGGGCCGCUGUGCUCCCCUCAAUCCAGGCCGGUGCCUUCGGAAAAAGACAGCACGAACCGAGCGAUCGCUCUUGAGUGGACGGAGCGAGCUCAUCCGAUGCCGCCUUCAGGGACGGGGUCCGAUCGCGGUGUAACCGCGCAGUUGGUCCGACGGGGGGCGCUCGAGCCCCACGUGCUUCAUAGCCAGCCGGCUAGCCCGGCGUGCUAGCAUCCACGUUUGGCCGCUGGGCUUUGAGAUUCCUGCGGCGGCGGCGAAGGCGCUUCUUGACGCGGCCCGCGGAGAGGGAUGCAAGACGGCCACGACAGCCGGAGCGAAGGCGGACGGAGAGCUCGGGGGUCGGCGUUCGAAGCCGAGCGGCCAUUUGCGUUCGGGGAGAAGGAAACGCGGGUCCCGAUACGAUUUGGCCCGAUAGCCCCGGACCGCCCCGGCCCGCCCCGCCCCGCCCCGCCCCGGGUGGGAAACGGACGCUCUCGCGGAGUCUCUUCAGGGCCGUGUGGGCCGGAACUCGGUUCCUCCCGGCGUGCCAACAGCUGUCGCCGGUGCUCGGCGUUGCCUAUUUAAGGAGGGAGACGCCGAACCGCGAGUCCGAGCGGCUCGGCCCGCCCGCGAUGGAGAGCUAACAUUUUGCGCCGAACAUUGGCGGGGAUUUGACCGGGCCCGGCUGCGAAAGCGAGCGGGAGGUACCCAGCUAGCCAGUCCGAGCCUCCAAGAAGCACCAUGGCCGGAUUCGUACCCGGCUUGCUGCCGUCCAACCGCUCCCAGGAGAAGCAGUUCGCCCAGGCCUACGAAGAUGUUCUGGAACGCUAUAAAGACGAGCGUGACAGAGUGCAGAAGAAGACCUUCACAAAGUGGGUCAACAAGCACCUCAUCAAGGUGAGGAAGCACAUCGGCGACUUGUACGAGGACCUGCGCGACGGCCACAACCUCAUCUCCCUGCUGGAGGUUCUCUCCGGCGUCACCCUGCGACCCAGAAGCACCCCUUUCCCGAAACGGGCGUACCCCGCACGCGCGCCUCCUCUCAUCCUGCUGGCGGUGGAGGACGAGGACGAGGACGAGGAGGAGGAGGAGGAGAAGAAAGGAGCUCAGGGAUCCCGAGAGAAAGGCCGCAUGAGAUUCCACCGACUGCAGAAUGUCCAGAUCGCUUUGGACUUCCUCAGACAAAGACAAGUCAAACUUGUCAACAUCCGAAACGAUGACAUCACCGACGGGAACCCCAAGCUCACGCUGGGGCUCAUCUGGACCAUCAUCCUCCACUUCCAGAUUUCCGAGAUCUACGUUUGCGGCGAGUCGGGCGACCUCACCGCCAAGGAGAAGCUGCUGCUUUGGAGCCAGCAGGCCACCGACGGCUACGCCGGCCUCCGCUGCGUCAACUUCACGUCAUCGUGGAGCGACGGCCGCAUGUUCAACGCCCUGCUGCACACCUUCAGACCCGACCUGAUCAACAUGGAGGCCGUGUCGCUGCAGAGCAACCGCGAGAACCUCGAGCAGGCCUUCGAGAUCGCAGAGUCGCUCGGGGUGACCCGACUGCUGGACGCCGAGGACGUUGACGUCCCGUCACCGGACGAGAAGUCCGUCAUCACGUACGUGUCGUCCAUCUACGACGCCUUCCCCAAAAUCCCAGAGGGCGGCGAAGGCAUCGGCGCGCAUGAGGUGGACCAGCGCUGGUCCGAGUAUCAGUCCAGGUUCUCGUCCCUGCUCCAGUGGAGCCGCCGGCAAACGGCCGUCAUGGCCGACAAGAACUUCCCGCAGAAUCCGGUCGACCUGAAGGCGCUUUACAACGAGUACGUCCACUGCAAGGAGGUGGAGAUUCCCACGAAAGAGCUGGAAAAAAGUCACGUGGCGCACCUCUACAAACUUCUGGAGGUGUGGAUGGACUUCGGCCGCUUGAAGCUUCCUCAGGGCCUGCACCCCGACGACCUGGAAGAGGAGUGGGGCCGACUCAUCCUGGCGAUGCUGGACCGGGAGAAGGUUCUCCGGCCCGCCGUGGACAGACUGGAGUUGCUGCUCCAGAGAGCAAACAAGUUUCAGAAGCUGGCCCUGGACUGCGAGGAGAAGCUCACCGUGGCCAGGAACACCCUUCAAGCCGACGCGUCGCGGGCUGAGAGCGGCGAGGCGCCGCGGUGCCACGGCGACUUGGCCUGCUACCUGCGAGAGUGCGAAGGGCUGCUGGUGCAAACGCAGCAGGAGGUCGACGUCCUCCGCGCCGACAAAUAUUACCAAGUGGAGCAGCUGGCGUUCAGAGCGGCGUGCCUCGAGGAGGAGCUGGCGUCUCUCCGUCUGGAAUGUUCCGGCCUGUACGGGAAGGGCGACUUUGACUCGUCCGCGGGGGGCCCGGGUCGACCGUCCGACGGCCCGGGGCUCUCGACGGGCCCGCGCCCGCGCCCGCUCCCGACCCGGUCCCGGCUGGCGGCGGCCGCGUCGUCCGAGGACGAGGGCGGCCUGAGGUUCGUCUACGAGCUUCUGGGCUGGGCGGAGGAGACGCAGGAGCUCGUGGAAGUCGCGGAGUGGGGAGCCGACCUUCCCUCGGUGGAGAAGAACCUGCGGGAACAGGAGCGCGUGCACGCGGCCGUGGAAGAGAUGGCCGCCGGCCUGCGCGAGGCUCACGACUACGAGGCCCGAGUGUCCGGCGACUACAGGAGCAACUACUCGGAGGCGCUGGCCGAGCUGGAGCGGCAGUACUGCAAACUACUCGAGCGCUCGCGGCGGCGCCUCGACGGCCUGCGGAGUCUGCUGGCGUUCGUGCGCGACUGCACCGAGGAGCUGAUCUGGCUGAACGAGCGCGAGGACGACGAGAUCGCCUUCGACUGGAGCCACGAGAACGGCGACGUGGACGCCAAGCGCCGCUCGUACGACGAGUUGCGCGGCGAGCUGGACCGGAAGCGCGACGCGAUGCGCUCCCUCCAGGAAACGGCGCGCCGCCUGUGUCGGGACGAGCAUCCCGCCAGGCAGACCGUGGAGGCGUACGGCGCCGCGCUGCAGACGCAGUGGCGGUGGGUGGAGCAGCUGUGCCUGUGCGUGGAGCAGCACCUGAAGGACAACGCGGCGUACUUCGGCUUCAUGAGCGACGCCCGCGACUGCGAAACGUACCUGCGGCAGCUGCACGAGACCAUCGGGAGGCAGUACGCCUGCGACAGGAGCAGCCGCCUCAGCCGGCUGGAGGACCUGCUGCAGGACUCCAUGGAGGAGAAGGAGCAGCUGAUCCAGCACCGCGGCAAAGUGGCCAGCCUGGUGAGCCGCGCCAAGACGCUGGUGCAGCUGCGCCCCCGCAGCGCCGACUUCCCCUUGGUGGCGCCCACGCCCGUCCGCGCCAUCUGCGACUACAAACAAAUUGAGAUCACGAUCACGCGCGGCGACGAGUGCGUGCUGGAGGACAACGGCCAGCGCAGCAAGUGGAAGGUGAUCAGCCCGACGGGCAACGAGGCCACGGUGCCGUCCGUCUGCUUCACCGUGCCGCCGCCCAACCCGGAGGCCGUGGAGGUCGCCGGCAGGACGGAGCAGUUGUACCAGCAGGCCAUGUCCUUGUGGCACCAGCUGCACGUCAACAUGAAGAGCGUCGUCUCCUGGCACUACCUCCUCCGAGACCUCGGCGCCGUCUCCCGGUGGAACCCGGACACGGUCCGGAGCCAGUCGCCGUCGGAGCGCCGGCGAGCCGCGGACCAGCUGGACUCCCGCCUGUCCGACUUCCUUUCCGACAGCCGGGAGAGUUCGCUGUUCGCGCCGGACGAACGGAGCCAGCUGGAGGCGGACGUGCGGCGGGCGGCCCGGCGCUGCCGUGACCUUCUGCUGGACAUGGAGAGCGAGGAGAAAGACGAGUCGGCGUGUCGCUCGUUGGUGUCGGAGCUGCAGAACAUCGGCCUGCGACUGAACCAGUCCGAGCGGGGGUUGACCGGCGCCGUCCAGGCGGCCGGUCGGCUGGCCGACGACAGCGCGGCAAACGCCGCCAGGAUAGCCGAGCACGAGGAGCUGACCCGCUCGCUGGACGCGCUGGCCUCGGACUUGGGUGACGCGUCACGGCGCUGCGUGGCCUUCCUGGGGGACAAGGCCGCCUCGUCGGGGGCGGCCGCCUUGCGCUCUGAGCUGGACCGGAGCGUGGAGAAGAUGGACGAGCUGCGGCGCCUCUCGUCCGCCUUCCUGCAAAAAUUGAAAACGGCGGACGCGCUGCUGCGCCGCCUGGAGGAGGCCGAGAGUCUGCUCGGGAAGUACGAGCGCACGCUGAGCGAGGAGGACGUCCUUCCGGCGGACACGGCGACCAUUCAAAGCCUCAGAGACCAAUUGGGGACGUGGCAACGCGAGCUGUCCGAGCAGGACGGCGUCCUGCGGUCCCUGCGUUCGGACGUCGGGCGGGCCGAGGAGGCGGCGUCCCGCCUCGCCGCCCUGCGCCCGGACGGCGGCGCCGAGCCGCAGCGCCGUCGGGAACGAGCCGACCGGGCGGCGGAGCGGUGGGCCGCCGUCGAGAGGCAGAUGGAAACGCGGCGGGCGGAGCUGGAGGCGAUCGGCGGCGUCCUCCGGCGGUACAGAGCCGACCACUCGGAGCUGACGGCGUGGAUCGACGAGACCACGCGGCGGCAGGAGAACGCGGCGGCGGCGGCCGCCGGCGACGACAGCAAGACGCUCUCGGGGCAGCUGGCGCAGCAGACGGCUUUGGUGACGGAGAUCGAAGACAACCAGAGCAAACUGGACCAGUGCCAGACGCACUCCAAACAAUUCUGCGCCUCCGUCAAGGACUACGAGCUUCAGCUGAUGACCUUCCGAGCCUUGGUGGAGUCCACGCACAAGUCGGCGGUCAAGAGGAGGAGGACGCACUCCUCGUCCGACGCCGUCGCUCAAGAGUUCAUGGACCUGCGCACGCGCUACACGGCCUUGGUCACGCUGACGACGCAACACGUCAAAUACAUCAGCGACGCCCUCAGGAGGCUCGAAGCAGAAGAGAAAGAGGCGGAGGAGGAGAAGCGGGCCCGAGCGGGUCAGGUGUCGGAGCUGCUGGCUUGGAUCGGGGACCUCCGGGAACGGACCGCCGGCGCCGAGUCCUCCUCGCUCCCUGCGCAACAGGCCGUCGGCGAGCAGCUGGCCGCCAAGAAAGACGACGUGGCCGAAGCCGUCAGAAGCGCUCGCGUCUUCCUGCUCUCCAAAGCGGGCGCCAAGCUGUCGCCGGACGAGCGCGCCCGCGCGGAGGCGCAGUUGGACCGGCUGACGGCCGCCUACGGCGAGGUCUGCGAGGAGUCGGCCCGGCAGAUGCAGAAGCUGGCCAGGGAGGAGGAGAGCAAGGCGGUCCAGCAGCAGAAAAGGGAAUGUUCUCGCGCGCUGGAAGGUCUCAGUUCCUGGUUGGCGGAGGCCGCCGCCGCCGCUCUGGCCCAUCAGAGAGCGGAAUCGGACGACGUCAACGUCCUGCGGGACAAGCAGAAGAAGUUACAAGAAGUGCAGAAGGACGUCCGGGCCAGAGCGCGGGACGCGGCCGAGGCCGCCCGCUCGGCGGAGGACUUGCUGGCCGAGCGGGGGCCGAGCUUGAGCGCGGAGGAGCGAGAGGGCCUGCGGGUGGCGCUGGAGGGGCUGAAGGAGCAGUACGCCGCCGUCGCGGAGGCGGCCGACGCGUCCGUGUCGGAGGUGGACGCCGCCCUGCGGCACAACGCGCAAAAGGCGAAAGCUUUUGAGGAUCUUCAGCAGACCCAAGACCAGAUGGACUCCCUGCUGAAGGACUUGAGCGCCGCUCGCCAAUCGCCACCCGGAGACGUCAGCGACCUGUCGUCCACGCAGCCCGACGCCGCCGUCACGUCCCACGCGGGGGCGCUGCAGGCCGAGCUCGGGCGACUGCAGGCUCAGCAGGCCCGGCUUCUCCAAAUCGGCCAAUCGGCGCGCACGCUUCUGGACCGGCCCGACUCCACGGUUCCUCCCGAGGAGAAGCGACGUCUGCGGGUCACGCUGGACCAGCUGCGGGCCGAGCACCAGCGGAAGCUGCACAGUUGCCAGGAGCGACUGAGGAAGUCCGAGGCGCUGAAGGACGAGCUGUCCAAGUUCCUGCAGGAGCACGGCGCUCUGGGGGCUUGGCUGGAGCAGAGCGAGCUGGAGCUGAGAUGUCUGGGCGACGGAGAGACGGACGCCCAGGAACUCAAGAGCAGACUGGACCAGCACAGAAAGCUGGCCGAGGACGUCGUCUGCCACAAGGCCGACCUGCGCUUCGUCUCCAUCUCGGCUCAGAAGGUUCUGGACUCCUGCGCGGGCGCCGCCGCGGGCCUGGAGGCCACCGAGCGGCUGGUCACCCAAAAGCUGCACGACGCCAACCACAGAUAUACCUCGCUUCAUGCCAAGUCGUCGGAUUUGGGCGGCCGCCUGUCGGGCCUGCUGGAGCGCUACCAGCUCUACCGGGACGAGGUGGUCUCGCUCCACUCCUGGCUCAGCGCUCGGGAGCAGAACCAAAGCGCCGCCGAGCCCGGCGGGGACGCCGACGCCCGCGACCCGCAGGACGCCCUGCGCCAAGUCCAGCUGCUGCAGGACCAACUGGCCGAGCGUUCGGUGCAGUUGGAGAAGGUGAAGCGAGCCGGGAAAGUUCUGGUCAGCGCGGACGAGUCGCCCUCCCUGAAGGCCGCGGACGUCCUGCGUGCCGCAGACGGCUUAGAGAAGAGGUUCUCGUCGCUGUCGGCGUCGGUGUCGGAGCGGGCCGAGCGGCUUCAGACGGCCGUGGCCCGUUCGGUGAGCGCGCAGGAGGGCUUGAAGGCGCUGCUGGCCUGGCUGGACACGCUGGAUCUGGAGCCCGCGCCCGUGCAGCCCACGGUGCGGGCGCUCCAGGACGCCCUCACCCGCAACCAGAAACUUCGUCAGGAGCUCCUUUCCCGCCAGGGCAGCGUGGAGGCCACGCGGGACUCCGUCUCCGAGCUGCUCCGGAGCCCCGGGGCCUCGGCGGCUUCGGGCCUGCAGGGGGCGCUGGACGAACUGACGCGGAGGUUCGCCGCCGCCCGGGUCGGCCAGGCCGGGCGGGAGGCCGAGCUGAAGACGCUGCUGCCCGGGCUGGAGACCUUCGAGCGGCUGGGGGCCGACCUGCGGGUCUUCGUCUGCGCUCGCGCCAAAGCUCUGAACCCGGCCGGGCGGCCCGACCGCAGCGUGGACGACUACAGGCAGACUGUGGAGGAAGUGAAGUCGGCGCUACAACAGGAAGCUCCUCAGCUCAAGUCCUUCCGCAGCCUGGCGGACGAAGUCUGCGCAUCGCAAAUUUUGGGUCCCACGCGGAACCUCCGCGAGCACGUCGAGGCCGCCUCGGACGACUUUCGGCGGCUGGAAGACGACGUUGACCGAAGACUGGAGGCCAUCUUGGCCUGCGAGCAGCGGCUGCUCCACUUCCGUGGGCUCUGCGGCGCCCUCUUCAGGUGGCUGCAGGCGGCGCAGGAGCAGCUGCCCGCCAAGGAGCCGCCGCUGGACACGGAGGCGCUGCGGAGGCGAGUGCAGCAGCUCCAGGAGCUGGUGAAGGAGUGGGAGUCGCAGGCGUCCACGGUGCAGGAGCUGAACCGGAGCGGCUCCGAGCUGGAGGCGCGAGUCAUCGACGUCACGGCGCCGCCGAGCCAAGGCGGCGCUGCCCAAGCGAACGGCUCCGCAGGUCCCGGCAGCGUCAACGGCAUCCACACUUGCAAAGACCUGACGGAGAUCCAGGUGGCCGUGUCGGACGUCAACGCGCGCCACGAGGCCCUGGGCGCCGACCUGAAGGAGCGGCUGUGCCGCCGGCGGGCCUCGCUGGAGCGGAGGCGGCGGGCCGAGCGCGGCGCCGACGAGCUGCGGCGCUGGCUGGAGGACAAAGAGGAGACCCUGGCGCGGGGUCACGCCGCCUCGCCGUCCAAGCCGGAGGUGGUGCGUGCGCAGGCCCAGGAGAACAAGGCGCUGCUGUCGGAGUUGGCCGAGCGCUCGGCCCAGGUGGAGGACCUGAAGGGAACCCUGAGGAAGCUCAUCGCCGACGACGCCGAUUCCCCCGAGGCCGACGCCUGGAGGCAACAGCUGCGGGAGAUCGACGCCCGCUGGCUCUCGGCCAAUCAGACGGCGGCGCGGCGUCAGGCGGCGUUGGAGGAGAGCGCCGAGCGGCUGGGCAGCUUCGCGGCGGCGGCGGCUCAGCUGGGCCCGUGGCUGCGCGAGAAGGAGCUGAUGAUGAGCGUGCUGGGACCGCUCAGCAUCGACCCAAACAUGCUCGACACGCAGCAGCAGCAAGUGCAAUUCAUGCUCCGAGAGUUCGAGACCCGUCGGCCGCAGUUCGAGGAGCUCACCCGGUCCGCCGAGGGCAUCCUAUCGCAGACGCGGGACCCCGAGGAGCUGGAGGAGGUCCGCACCCAGCUGGACUCGGUCUCCCGGGGGUGGCGCGACCUGACGGGCGAGCUGGGCCGGCGCUCGGAGCACAUCGGCCGGGCGCGCGCCGCCAGCGAGCGCUACUGCGCGCUGCUGCGGGAGCUCUCGGCCAGCGCGGCGGCGCUCGCCGAUCGUCUGGACGGCCAGGCCGAGCUCAGCGCUUGUCCCGAGGCGCUGAGGCGGCGCCUGCGGGAAACGGGCCAGAUCCGCUCGGAGCUGGAGAGGCGGCGAGGCGAGCUGGCCCGGGCCGAGCUGCUGUGCGAGGAGCUCGGCGCCGUUGUGGCCGAGCCUUACCUGAAGGACGAGCUGAAGAAGCGGCUGGCGGGCGUCAGCGUGCCGCUCAGGAACCUGGAGGAACGCGCGGCGGACGGUCUGUCUCAGCUGCAGGCCGCGCUGUCCUCCACGCAGCAGUUCCAGCAGAUGUUCGAGGACGUGCGCCGGUGGCUGGACCAGCAGGCGGAGCCGAGGGAGCCGGCGCCCGACGCGCUGCCCUGUCGGCCCGAGGCCGUCCGCUCCCUCCUGUCCGCCGCCGACGAGCUCCGGAGCGCCGUCGCCGCCCAGCGCGGCUCCUACGAGCUGAUCCAGGCCGAGGGCGCGUCGCUGCUCGCCGCCCUCCCCGCCGGCGGCGAGGACCGCGCCGGCCUGGAGUCGCGCCUGGCCCGCUUGCGGCGGGACUGGGAGGACGUCAACGGGAGACUCUCGGAGCGGGAAGACCGACUCAAAGGCACCCUGAGCAAGGCGGAAAGCUACCAGCGGAGCAAGGCCGACUUCGCUCCCUGGCUGGAGGAAUGCGAGGAGAAAGACGGGGAGAUCCGGCCGUCGCUGGACUCGACCGGUCUGGACGAGGCCCUGCAGAACGCCAGGGGGCUCGCCCUGGACCUGGAGAGGCGGCAGCCCCUUCUGGAAGCCUUCAACGCGGCCGCCGACAGCCUCCUGGAGCAGUGCCGCGUCGGAGACGACGAGGUCCGAGACGAGAAGGCCCAGCUGAACCGACGUCUGGACGCGCUGGCCGAGCGUCUCCUCGGUCGCACGUCGCAGCUGGAGGAGCUCUCGGGCCGCCUGAAGGAGUUCGAGGAAGGUCGGCAGGCGGUGGAGAGACGCCUGGAGGCCGCCGACCACCAGCUGGAAGUCCAGGAGGCUUUAGGACCUCAGGCCUGCACCGCCAAAAGCCUGGAGAGGCUGAGGAACCAGCAGGAGUCCCUGGCGCGCCUGCGGCCCCAGGUGGUCUACCUGCGGGACCUGGCCCAGGGGCUGGCGCGGGACGCCCCCGACACGCCGGACGGCGCUCGGAGGCUCCUGGACCGGGCCGAACGCACCCAGAGCGACUUUGACCGCGUCGGUGACAAGCUGGAGCAGUGCCACUCGGCGCUGGAGUCGCGUCUGCGGGGCGUGGGCCAGGCGCAGUCGCACGUGCGCGACAUCUUCUCGCGGCUGGCCGACCUGGACGACGAGCUGGACUCGCCGGGCCCCGUCGGGCGCGACGCCGACCUGCUGGCCUCGCAGGAGGACGCGCUGGGCCGCUUCCUGUCGCGGCUGGCGGGCCUGCGCGCCGAGCUGGAGGCGCGCGCCGCCGACUGCGCGGCCACGCUGCGCGGCGAGGGCUCCUCGCCCGACCUGCUGGGCCUCAGGCGCGAGACGGACGCGCUCGCUCGGCAGGCCGCUAAGCUGAAGGAGCGCGGCCGGGCGCGUCUGGCGCAGAUCCGGGACGCGUCCGAGCGGGUGGCCGACUUCUACCGGCUGGCGGGCGAGCUGCGAGGCCUGCUGGGGGCCGCCGAGGAGGCUCUGGACGCGCAGGGCGUGGUGGGCUCCGAGGUGGACGUCAUCAAGAGGCAGCUGGACGACUUCAAGGCUCUGGAGCGAGACCAAGUGGACGCGGUCCAGGCCAAGCUGCAGCAGAUCAACGCGGUGGGCCAGGGUCUGAUCCAAAGCGCCGCCAAGAACACGGACACGCGGGCCCUGGAGCACGACCUGGACCAAACCAACCAGAGAUGGAACUCGCUCAACAAGAGGGUGGCGGAGAGGAUUGCCCGGCUGCAGGAGGCCCUGUUGCAUUGUGGGAAAUUCCAGGACGCCCUGGAGCCGCUGCUCAGCUGGCUGAGCGACACGGAGGAGCUGGUGGCCAAUCAGAAGCCGCCGUCGGCCGAGUACCGCGUGGUCAAAGCCCAGAUCCAAGAGCAGAAGCUGCUCCAGAGGCUGCUGGACGACCGGCGGCCCACCGUGGAGAUGAUCGGCGCCGAGGGCGAGCGCAUCGCCGCCGCCGCCGCCGAGGCUCAGGACCGAGAGAAGAUCCGGAGCCAGCUGCGCGCCCUGGCCCAGAGGUGGAGCGACCUCCUGGGCGAGGCCGGAUCCAGGCAGAGGCAGCUGGAGGAGCUGCGGGUGCUGGCGUUGGACUUCCACGAGACUUUGGAGCCGCUGGCCGAGUGGCUGAGCGCCACCGAGAGGCGCCUGAGCUCCGCCGAGCCGACGGGAACCCAGACGGCCAAGAUCAGCCAGCAGAUCGCCGGGCACAAGACCUUCCAAGACGACGUUCGCGAGCGCGAGUCGGACGUGGCCCGCCUGCGUUCCCUCAGCCAAUCGCUGGCCCCGCUCAGCUGCGCGUCGGACCGCGAUUGGCUGGGCGAGCGCGUGGAGGCGGCGCGCUCCGGCCACGCCCGGCUCUCCGAGCGCUGCUCGCGGCGGGCGGCGCUGCUGGAGCGGGCGCUGGCCGACGCGAGGCUCUUCGGCGAGGACGAGGUGGAGGUGCUCAACUGGCUGGCCGAGGCGGGCCAGAGGCUGGCGCUGGCCGAGGUGCGGAGCUACCGGCCCGAGGUUCUGGCCGAGCAGCACGAGCGCACGCUGCAACUGAACGAGGAGAUCGUGAGCAGGAAGGCGACGGUGGACCAGGCCGUCAGGAACGGACAAGCGCUGCUCAAGCGGACCACGGGUGAGGAGGUUCUGCUGAUCCAGGAGAAGCUCGACGGCAUCAAGUCUCGCUACGCCGAGAUGACGGCGGGCAGCGGCAAAGCUCUGCGCACCCUCGAGCAGGCCCUGCAGCUGUCCACGCGAUUCGCCGGCGCCCACCAAGACCUCAGCCGGUGGCUCGACGCCGCGGAAGCCGAGCUCGACGGAGCCGAGCCCGACGCCGAGCCCGCCUACCGGGAACGACAGAAGGAGCUGAAGAACGUGUCGGCCGAGAAGCGGCUGGUGUUGGACACCCUCAACGAGGUGGGCGGCGCCCUGCUGGAUCUGGUGCCGUGGCGAGCGCGGGAGGGCCUGGACCGGCUGAUGGCCGACGCCAACCAGCGCUACCGCCAGGUGGACGACACCGUCGCGCAGAGGCUGCGGCUGGUGCAGGCCGCCGUCCAGAGGUCGCAGCAGUACGAGGAGGCGGUGGACGCGGAGCUGGCCUGGGUGGGCGAGACGGAGCGCAAGCUGGCGUCGCUGGGCCCGCUGAGCCUGGAGCCCGACGUGACCGUGGCCCAGCUGCGGGUCCAGAAGGCCUUCAACGUCGACAUCAUCCGCCACAAGGACGCCGUGGACCAGCUGCUGGCCGCCAGGGACGACAUCCUGGAGACGUGCGGCCACGCCCAGAAGGAGGCGCUGACGGCCAAGACGGAGUCGCUGAGCGGCCGCUACGACGCCGUCAACCGGCGCCACGGCGAGCGCUUGGCGGCGCUGGAGCGGGCUCAGGCGCUGGCGGCCCGCUUCUGGGAGACCCACGAGGAGCUGGAGCCGUGGCUGGGCGAGACGGAGACCCUCGUCGCCCGGCUGCCGCCGCCCGCCGUCGACGCGGACGCCCUGCGCCUGCAGCAGGACCAGAUGAGGCUGCUGAGAGAAUCCGUCGCCGAGCACAAGCCGCACGUCGACAAGCUCCUGAAAAUCGGACCGGCGCUGGCCGAGCUGAGCGCGACGGAGGGCCCGCGGGUGACGCGGUGCCACGCCGAGGCCGAGCGCCGCUACCUGGCCGUCAAGGAGGAGGUGAAAGGUCGCGCGGCGCUGCUGGACGAGGCCGUGUCGCAGUCGGCUCAGUUCCACGACAAGAUGGACCCCCUGCUGGAGACGCUGGAGGCGGCGGCGCAGCGCCUGCGUCAGCCCCCGCCGGCGGCGGCCGAGGUGGACAAGAUCCGCGAGCAGCUGGCCGAGCAUCGGGCGCAGGGCCUGGAACUGGACAAACUGCUGCCCGGCUUCUCCGCCCUCUGCGCCCGAGGAGAAGAACUGGUGGGCCGGGCGGCCCGCGACGACCCGGCUGCCCGAGCCGUCCACUCCCGCUUGCUACGACUGCGCUCGCUCUGGGACGAGAUCCGGCAGCGGGCCGAGGAGCGCGAGAGCAAACUCAACGACGUGCUGGACCUGGCCGGCAAGUUCUGGGCCGACGUGGCGGCGCUGCUGAGCACGCUGCGCGACUCGCAGGACAUCGUCAAGGAGCUGGAGGACCCCGGCGUGGACCCCUCGCUCAUCAAGCAGCAGAUCGAGGCCGCCGAGGCCAUCAAGGCGGAAACGGACGGUCUCAGAGAGGAACUGGAGUUCGUCAGGACCCUCGGCGCAGACCUCAUCUUUGCCUGCGGAGAAACCGAGAAACCCGAAGUCAAGAAGACCAUCGACGAGAUGAACAACGCCUGGGAAGGCCUGAACCGCACGUGGAGGGAGCGCAUGGAGAGGCUGGACGAGGCCAUGAGCGCCUCGGUGCAGUACCAGGACGCGCUGCAGUCCAUGUUCGACUACCUGGACAACGCGCUCAUCAAACUGUGCGAAAUGUCGGCGGUGGGCACCGACCUGGGAACCGUCAAGCAGCAGAUUGAAGAGCUCAAGCAGUACAAAGUGGACGUGUACCAGCAGCAGAUCGACAUGGAGAAGCUCUGCCACCAGGGGGAGCUGCUGCUGAAGAAAGUGUCGGACCAGACGGACCGGGACAUGAUCCAGGAGCCGCUGACCGAGCUGCGCCACCUGUGGGACAACCUGGGCGACAAGAUCACGCAGAGACAGCACAAGCUGGAGGCGGCCCUGCUGGCCCUGGGUCAGUUCCAGCACGCCCUGUCGGAGCUGCAGGCCUGGCUGAGCCACACGUACGCCACGCUGGACACGCAGCGGCCCGUCGGCGCCGACCCCAAGGCCGUCGAGAUCGAGCUGGCCAAGCACCACGUUUUGCGCAACGACGUGCUGGCCCACCGCGCCACGGUGGAGGCGGUCAACGCGGCGGCGGCCGAGCUCCUGGAGUCGUCCCCCGGGGACGAGGCCGGACACCUCAGGGAGCAGCUGGACCGGCUGGACCGCAGCUGGCAGAACCUUCUGCUCAAGACGCAGGAGCGGCAGAAGCUGCUGGAGGCCGCUUUGCAGCAGGCGGAGGGCUUCCACGGCGAGCUGGACGAGUUCCUGCAGUGGAUGAGGCGCACGGAGAGCCAGCUGUCCGCGGCCAAACCCACCGGCGGCCUCCCCGAGACGGCCCGGGAGCAGCUGGAGCAGCACAUGGAGCUCCAAGCCCAGCUGAGCCAGCGGGAGGACCAGUACCGCCGGCUGCUGGACGCCGGAGAGUCCAUGCUUCUGGCUCGCGGCGAGGAGGACGCCGGGCCGGGAACCGCGCAGACCCAGCAGAACCUGGCCGCGCUGCAGAACAAGUGGGCCGGCCUCAACGCCAAGAUGGACGAUCGACGGGCCAAACUGGACGAGGCGCUGGCCCUGGCGAGCGCUUUCCAGACUUGCCUGCAGGACACCAUCAACUGGCUGACCCAGGCCGAGCAGACCCUCAACACGGCGCAGCCCCCCAGCCUCCUCCUGGACACGGUCCUCUUCCAGAUCGACGAGCACAAGGUUUUCGUCAACGAAGUCAACGGCCACCGCGAGCAGGUUCUGGCCCUGGAGAAGUCCGGUUCCCAGCUGCGCUUCGCCAGCCUGAAGCAGGACGUGGUCCUCAUCAAGAACCUACUGCUGAGUGUCCAGGCCCGCUGGGACAAGCUGGUCCAGAGGUCUCUGGACCGGGGCCGCCACCUGGACGAGGCUCGCAAGCGGGCCAAGCAGUUCCAUGAGGCCUGGAGGAAGCUGAGCGACUGGCUGGAGGAGGCCGAAAACCGUCUGGACUCGGAGUCGGAGAUCCCCAACGAACCGGACAAGAUCAAAGUCCAGCUGAGCAAACACAAAGAGUUCCAGAAGGCGCUGGGCUCCAAGCAGCCGGUCUACGACACCACGGUGAGGUCGGGCCGGGCCAUGCGCGACAAAGCUCAGCUGCCGGCCGACGCCCAGAAGCUGGACCACCUGGUGGGCGAAGUCCGCGACAAGUGGGACACCGUCUGCGGGAAGAGCGUGGAGAGGCAACACAAGCUGGAGGAGGCCCUGCUCUUCUCGGGUCAGUUCGCCGAGGCCCUCCAGGCCCUGGUGGACUGGCUGUACCGCGUGGAGCCGCAGCUGGCCGAGGAUUUGCCCGUGCACGGCGACCUGGACCUGGUCUCCAACCUGGUGGACUCCCACAAGGCCUUCCAGAAGGAAAUGGGCAAGAGGACGGGCAGCGUUCAGGCCCUGAAGCGCUCGGCCCGAGACCUGAUGGAGACGGGGCGGGACGACACGGCCUGGGUCAAAGUUCAGCUGCAGGAGCUGAGCAACCGCUGGGAGACGGUUUGCGCUCUGUCCGUCACCAAGCAGACGCGGCUGCAGCGGGCGCUCACGCAGGCGGAAGAGUUCCGCACGGCGGUGCAGAUGCUGCUGGAGUGGCUGUCGGAGGCCGAGCAGAACCUUCGCUUCCGAGGAGUCCUUCCCGAGGAGGCGGAGACCUUGCAGGCGCUGCUGCGCACCCACCGCCACUUCAUGGGCACCGUGGAGGAGAAGAGGGCCGAGGUCACCCGGGCGGCGGGCAUGGGCGAGGCCAUUCUCGCCCUGUGCCACCCGGACUCCAUCACCACCAUCAAGCACUGGAUCACCAUCAUCCGGGCGCGUUUUGAGGAGGUGCUGACGUGGGCCAAGCAGCACGAGCAGCGUCUGGAGGCGGCGCUGACGGAGGUUCUGAACAACGCCAACCUGCUGGAGGAGCUGCUGUCGUGGCUCCGGUGGGCCGAGACGGCGUUGGCGCAGAGAGACACUGAGCCCCUCCCCCAGGACAUCCCCCAAGUCAAAGGACUCAUCGCGGAACACCAGAUGUUCAUGGAGGAGAUGACGAGGAAGCAGCCGGACGUGGACAAAGUGACCAAAAGUUACAAACGGAAACCCGCCGAGGCUCCCGGCGGCCUGGCAGAGAGGAGAGGAGGCCGUCGACACCAGCAGCAGACGUCCGUGCAGGUGCCGGGGACCAACCCGCGACUCAACCAACUGUGUGCCCGCUGGCAGCAGGUUUGGCUUCUGGCACUGGACCGCCAGCGGAAACUCAACGACGCUCUGGACAGGCUGGAGGAGCUGAAAGAGUUUGCCAACUUCGACUUUGACGUGUGGCGCAAGAAGUACAUGCGCUGGAUGAACCACAAGAAGUCCCGCGUCAUGGACUUCUUCCGGCGCAUCGACAAGGACCAGGACGGGAAAAUCACCCGGCAGGAGUUCAUCGACGGCAUCCUGGCGUCAAAGUUCCCCACCAGCAAGCUGGAGAUGACGGCGGUGGCGGACAUCUUCGACCGAGACGGCGACGGCUACAUCGACUACUACGAGUUUGUGGCCGCCCUGCACCCCAACAAGGACGCCUACAGACCCACCACGGACGCCGACAAGAUCGAGGACGAGGUGACUCGGCAGGUGGCGCAGUGCAAGUGUGCCAAGAGGUUCCAGGUGGAGCAGAUCGGGGAGAACAAAUACCGGUUCUUCCUGGGAAAUCAGUUCGGCGACUCUCAGCAGCUCCGUCUGGUUCGCAUCCUGCGCAGCACCGUCAUGGUGCGGGUGGGCGGCGGCUGGAUGGCUCUGGACGAGUUCCUGGUCAAGAACGACCCGUGUCGAGUUCAGCAUCCCGGACUUAAGAUCCUUCGCUCCGACUCCGGUAGCUCCAUCUCGCCUCGUAUAGUGGCAGCCACUCCGGGCUUUUUCUGCUGCAGAGCGCGCGGGCGCACCAACCUGGAGCUGCGCGAGAGGUUCAUCCUCCCCGAGGGGACGCCGCAGGGCUCGUGCGCCUUCCGCUCGCGAGGCCGCCGCUCCAAGCCGGGCUCCCGCAACGCCUCGCCCACCCGCUCGUCGUCCUCGGCCUCGCACAGCGGCGCCUCGGCGCCCGCCACGCCCACCGCCUCUGCGUCGUCCAGGCCGUCUCACAAUCACUCUCGUGACUACGCCAAGCCGUGGUUGGCACACAGUAAAAGCCCGCCGGCCAACGAGUGCCCGUCCUGCCCGGACGUCGGAAGCGACGAGGGGGCGUCGUCGGGCUCCAAGCUGAAGCGUCCGACCUUCCACUCGAGUCGCGGCUCGCUAACGGGAGAGAACGGCGGGACGACGCACGCCGGCAAACGCAGCGAUCCGAAGCGAGCGGGGUCGACGGCCGGGGCCGCCGCCGGGCGCGCGGGGAGCCGGCGGGGAAGCGACGCGUCCGACGCCUCGGAGCUGCAGGACGCCCGCUCCGUCUGCUCCGACGCCUCCGACACGCCGCGGAGGCCCGGCGGCUCCAAACCCUCCAAGAUCCCCACCAUCGCCAAGAAGUCACCCAGUCCCAAAACGCCCGCGCCCGCCAAGAAGUAACGCCAGAAGGCAAAAUCCGUGCUCCGCUUUGGAAGCUCCCCAGCGUGCGAGUCGAGAAGACGAGACUCCUCCCACUCCGCCUUGCAGCUCCGCCGUCCUUCCCGCCCAACGCGACGCGCGUACUGCGCGCUGCUC